ACCUGCACGGCUGCAGCGAGGAGAGGCUCCCAUCAGCAGAGAUGGCAUCGCAGAGAGCACACUGGUAUCUCCCGUGUCUCCAAAGUCUCCUGAUCAGCACUUUAGUCGAGGCCUCCGCCCUGCCGCCCCACUCCUCCACCCCCGUGCCCGUCUCCUCCCUGGUGGGCGGCCAGGCGGUGCUUCCCUGCAGCUGGACGUCCCGUCUGAGCCGGCCGGCGGCCUCGGCCUGCCGCGUGCAGUGGCAGACCCCCGUGGGGCGGGCGGAGGUUCCCGAGGAGCGGCUGGAGGCCGGGGACUGCUCUCUGGUUGUGAACGACGUCCAGUUCGGGGACGUGGGGCUGUACGAGAGCGUCCUGCUGCUGCAGGGGGAGCGGCCGCAGAGGACCGUGAUCAUUCAGAGCGUCAGGCUGGCUGUGUUCGACCAUAAGUCGGUGCAGUCCCGCGCUCCGGGGGAGGACAUGGUUCUGCAGCUGCACACGCCUCGCGCCCUCCGAGUCGUCUUCCAGGACAGGAACGGCUCCGAGUGGUCGGAUCUGUGGACGAGGGGGGAAGCAAAGAAUCCACGCAUGCAGAAAGACCCAGACAGAGAGCAGCUGACCUUGAGGAGCGUGCAGAGGUCAGAUGAGGGGAUGUACAAGGUUCUGGACGAGCAGGGCCUGGCGGUCAGCACCGUGCAGCUCACUGUGGAAGAGGGCGGCACGGCUCUGAAAAUCCACCACAAUCAGGAAAGUCAAGUACUACUCGGCGACGUCAGCAGGAGCGGCUGUUGGACACCACGAGCUGCGUUGGGUCUCGUCUCCGGCCUGCUGAUCCUGCAUCUCGUCUAGGAAAAGUCUCUACUGAGGAAUAUCUAUAAACUCCACUUGAAGAUUUUGUGAAAUGAAGAAUCGACUUUUUUUUUUUUAGACAUUGAAAAUAUUGUCCUCCAGGUCACUUGUGUUUGCGGUUGUGAAUGUAGUGAGCAGGUGGAUGUUUUGAGUCGCUGUGUGGUUUGGUGAGCGAGUGACUCGGACUUUUGCACGACAGGCGAACAGAUUCCUAACAGCUCCGACUGGAUUCACACGGGAACAAGGAGUGAUUUCCAAACGGUUUUCGUGUAUUCCUGAAAAACAAAUCAUAGCCUACAAGCUGAGCAAAGUACGGUCAAAAUUCAACGUGGGGCUGAGGAAUUUGAUUCUGUCGUUUUCAGUUUUUCCACACUUUGAGAAAUCUGUCGCUUUUUUCAGAUCGUCUCCAACAACAGCCACAACAAACACUCUACUCAUUCACAUUAUUUAUUUCCAAAGGUCAUUAAGCACAUGAUUCUUACUCUAAAACGUAGCCUAGCUGAAAACUAAUUCUCUAAUUCUGAUGGGUUUAUAUGUGCAGUAAAGGAUUAAUGGACGGGUGAAUUAAUUGCACUUAAAAUAAUUAACAAGGGGGAUGUUCCAUUGAAGAAUCAACAAAAUCUAACAUGAUAAAUAUUAAAAUAGUCAGGUUAUGAAUAAAAAUACUGUGUAUUGUCUGCUGUAAAUCCAGCUUGAGUUGUCCUCUUUGAGAUGCACUUUAGUUUGGUUCUUGUGUUAAGAAGUUGGUUCAUACAAGUGUUGAAUUUCUGUGUUUGCAAAAGUACUGGAGCAGUCUUGUAACUCUAAAAAUGUUUUAUUUUUCCAUUCUGCAUUUCAAUUUAUAUUAUUCAAUACAUUUCUGAAAUAAAUGCAAACCAAAUGAUGACAUUACAUUUACAUGUUUCAUUGGAAAACUCUUGGUUCACACUGGAAUGCCUUCAUGUACAGAGCAGAAAAAAAAACAAAAAAAAAAACAACAGAGCGAUGCGACGAAACCCGGACAGGCAACAACUCAGGAAAGGCACACGACAACGUAGCUGAGACUCCCACACACACACACACACACACACAAACACACAAACACACAAACACACACACA